UGAGUGUUCAAAGAAUUCAUUUGGUGCGUCGUGUUUCCUUGAUACCGACCUCUCUCAGUCCAUACGAUCCAUCUUUGGUUCUCAAGCACUUCAACUCCCAACUCCUACGUCACUCACUCACUCACUCAUUCCUCGAGCGGACGGAGAGAAUUCGUGUCUCUCGCCCCGAUCUCUCUCUUUCUGUGUUUCUCUCGCUCUUCAUCUCUCUCCUCUUUUUUUCUAUGAGAGCCUUUUCCGACGAGGUAGAUACUCAGUUCACUCUGACUCCCAAGGGUGAUCCAAAGAGGGUCUGCAAGAGGACACAAAAGAGGGCCAUAUCUUGAUUGGAUAUCAUUCGAACUACGUUCCUUAACUGGAUCGUUUAGAAGUAUUGAUAAGGCGGUUCCAAUUGAGAAACGAUGGCCUUGUCACUAGACAAUACAACCCAAAUGGACCUGGACUGUCCUGAAUAUGGUCCUUAUAGCGACUAUUACAUCCAGCAAGUGAGGUUUUGGGUGGAAGGCGUGAUCCAAACCAUUGUGGCAAUCCCUGGAUUAAUUGGAAAUAUUGUGUUUAGCCUUUUACUUACAAGGAAAGACCUUCGGAACUCCUUCAACCUUCUUCUCGUGGCUCUGGCCUUUUUCGACAGUUGUUACAUUAUUGGUGCGGUUCUCGAGACACUCAGAACCAGCUUUGACUUGGCCUCGGAUAUUCAUUUGAUGCUAUUCCCAUAUCUACUUUACCCAGGACAAAAUAUUGCGAUGACCGUCUCAAUCUUUCUAAUUGUGGCGAUUGCUUUUGAGAGAUUCCUGGCCGUUCGAAAUCCGAUUGACUAUAAUCAGGCCAUGAAUGAUGCCGCAGCCAUUCGACUUCGUCUACUGAAGUUUCUGUUGCCGGUUAUCAUUUUUUCCGUCCUCUUCAACUUGCCUAUGUUCUUUGAAUCAACUUACGUGACGGUGACGAGAAAUGUAAGGAUGGGGUAAAAAACGAGGCAAGCACCAGCUCCCAAGAAGAUGGGAAAGGCAUCACAACCGCCGCCCAAUCGGCCUCAAAAGGAGCAACUCAAACGGCCGAAAAUGGGCAGAAGCUCUCCAUAGAUGCAAUUAGUGGCGGAGGGCCCCCUCAAAAACAGAUUCAGGAGAACAAAGCCUCGAAUGCUAAAAGAAGACGCUCUGAGGAUAAGAUGGCCAUGAUAUUUGUGGCCAUUGUCACUGGCUUUCUUCUCUCGAACUCCCCUCGAAUUCUUCUCAACUUCCAUGAAGUGGUGGUCUUGGACAACGCCAUGGCUUGUUCAAGAGCGGGUUUCAGGUCAUUUCCUGUUUGGUGUCGCAUUCUCACCUCGUUCAGCCAUCUCUUUUUGGUUCUGAACAGUUCCAUCAACAUCCUCUUCUAUUGUAUGUUCAAUUCCCAAUUUCGGGUGGAAGCUCGAAAAGCUCUAAAUGAAAUGUUCGAGAAAUGUUCAAGGAGAGAUGAAAGCGGUGGGCUCCAUUGUCAGAAUGCCUCAAGAGAUCGAAUCUCUCCACAAAGGAACAAACUCAAAAACACGAACACAAACCCAAAUUCUUCGUCAGAAAUGGACGAGGCUCUCCUCUCGAAUUCUGGAGUCAAUGCGACCAAGGUCUAAAAAGUUAAAGGCCUCAAGACGAGACAAGAAAAAUGAGCCUACACACAAGAUCACUUUAACACAACUUAUGUUCGUUCCAACUUGCGGACCUAAUCAUCAUAGAUAGCGGUUUCCCACAGUCAUGACUUGGAAGCAAGGCUCUACAUCAACCACUAGGUAUAUCUAAUGUCUACCGAUACAUGUUGCACAACUCGCUCUUGUGCAAGAGAUAACGUUGAGUAGUACAACUUGCGAUGCCCAGGGGGUGUCUUAAUGAGAGAGGAAACCGGAGAGCGCCUGACUAGGAAUGGAAGUCAAAUGAGGAAGGCCCGUAAGGACAACUUGACAGCAAGAGACAGUCGAGCCAUCAGAGACAAUCCAUUCAUCUACAUAGUACAAACGCAAACCCUGUGCUCUUGUUCCAGUUAGAUAAUCAUUCUCCGAGAAGAAUAUGGUUCAUCUCCUUUCUAGCGAACUUGCUCACUCGGUCGGUUCUGGGUUGGUUGCCUGGCAGGCAUCGAAGGAUAAGCUUAUUUUUCAAGACAUAUGAGGCCCUUGGGGUUGAGAAAGAUUGUCAUUGAUAUUAGCAUAAUUGACCCAAAAGAGGUGCAUGUCAAAAGUAUCUGUUGAAUAUUCGUUCCAGAAAAUAAAUCAAUUCUUCUUCUUGUG